AUGCUCAGCCCCGAUUUGCAAAUGGUGAAAUUGAGUAAAUUCUUGAACCAAGAACUCAGAAAAUUGUUUGAGCUCUCCAACCAACGGCUUCAUUCCUGUCUCAGCUGUAAUAACCAAUCGAGUGGUAGAGACUUUUGGAACCUUUGGUGGCACUGCCUCAAACAAAAUCUUGGCGUUAUCGGGGUCGCAGUUUGA